UCAGUUUCUUGGAGGCGCUUCGCGAAAGAGGAAGUGAGUUUGAAAUUUCACGCGCGGACAAGGUGCACAAUUUUGCAGAAGUUGAGAGUCACAACUUGGAGUGAAAGGAGGAAGAGUGGACUUGAGAUUGUGGUGUUUGUGAAGCGCAGGACAUUAAGGGCGGUUUUUCCCUCGCAGUGCUGCUGUCGGAAAAUUCACAAGAACAAUAAAAGAAAAAGAAAACAGUAUUUUCGCGAGAGACUCGUAAAGUAGUAAAAUGUAGAAGAGAGUAUUGAGUGUAAGUGGAUAGGAAAUGAAUUUGUGUGAUUUUCCAUUAUCACAAGAAUAGCUAUAAAAAUCAUUCUUAGAUGGUCUUUUUUCUGUGUGUUUGUGUGUUAUUUUUUUUGACCACCUAGUUUGCAUUUGAUGAGAUACAAUCCGAAGAUACACUUCCCGAGAGUUGUAUAGUAGAAUUGCUAAAGCGCUGCUGUGAAGAAGUUGUCGGUCAAUUGCUGACAAAUUGCCCGAAGAGGAGAGUUGCAAUAAAUUGUGAUCUCUGGAUGAGGGCAGAGCUCACAAUCCAAAUGGGACAGUAACGAAAUAUUCUCCAUUCAACCUCCCAAUACACAUGAAAUGGUGACAUUAAUGCCAUGUAGUUAUAUAUCAGCCUCCCGCUGUGGACUGAUUGAUAAAAUGAUAGAGCCAAAGGUUAAGAGAUCAAGAGUCGAUGAUAGUGACCCUAAUGAUCGGAAUAGAAUCUACACGCCCAAUAGUCAGUUGUGCAAUUCAGGCUCGCUGGCCGCGACCACGACGCCGGCCGGCGGCAAUCUGGUGAGCCACCCCUUCAGCCAGGCGCCGCUGCUUCCGCUGGCGGGCUCGAGUCGAUGCAGCGCCCCAUCAGGCGGGCCCAUCCUGCGCCAGACCACGAACGCCACCAGCUCAGGACUCCUGCAGGCGUCGCCCGGCUGCGAUGGAGGCGCCGGCGUGAAUCUCUCACCCGCACUGCUCGGCAUCGGCUCCUCAGUGACCGCCGGAGGCUCCAUUCAGGAGAGCUCCUCCAUUGGGAUGUCGCACUGGCUGUCGGAAGGAGCAGUGAAGUCUGAAGCUCGCAGUCCGGGCAUCGAUUCUGCACCGACAGCCACUCUGGCCAGCGGCUCGAGCCACCUGGACGCGUCGCUCUUCUGUCCCGCCGGCUCCGCGUCCACUCUGGACGCCCUGCAGAACAGCACCAACUCGUACGAGCACAAGCAGGACAGCUACUACAAUUACUACAACAGCAUGCCGCAGUACGCGUCGUCCUUCUACUCCUACGGCACGCCCUACGCCGCCAGGACACCCACGAAGAUACCCUCGCCCAACGCCUACCUCACCUCCAGCUACGCCUCGGCCACGUCCAACAACAACUCCUCGCAGAUCUACGGGUCCUACGGCUACAACAACUUCUCGCAGUUCCCCACCGCGCAGCAGGACUACAGCAGUUGCUACUACAACGAGCAGUACGGCGGCUACUACAACGCCGCCGCCGCGGCGAGCUACUCGCCCUACGUCAGCUCUCCCGGCUCCAGCGGCAGCCAGGGAUUCCACACCGCGGUCGGGCUCUCUGAGAGUCCCUCCGACGAGACUCCCGGCACCCCGACCCUCAUGACGGCCCACUCCCCGACCUCGCCCCUGUCCGUGUCGCCCAGCAUCGGCGCUAAGGCGGCAGGGGCGAAGGUGGGCAGAGCCCGAGGCCGCCGGCACGCUCAUCCCAGUCCCACCAGAAGUUCUGUGUCCGAGAGCGGCGGCCAGGAAAACGCGAAGACGCCCGAGCGGGUGUUUGUGUGGGAUCUGGACGAGACCAUCAUCAUCUUCCAUUCCCUGCUCACCGGCACGUACGCGAAUCGCUACAGCAAGGAGCCCAAUCACAUUGUGCAGCUGGGCUUCCGCAUGGAGGAGAUGAUCUUCAACAUGGCGGACACGCACUUCUUCUUCAACGACAUCGAGGAGUGCGAUCAGGUGCACAUUGACGAUGUGUCGGCGGACGACAAUGGCCAGGAUCUGUCCACGUACAAUUUCUCAACGGAUGGCUUCCAUCCGGCAACGCAACCGGGAGCUCCGAGCAUUUGUCUGCCAACUGGAGUCCGUGGCGGCGUGGAGUGGAUGCGGAAGCUCGCCUUCCGGUACCGGAAAAUCAAGGAGAUCUACAAUUCGUACAAGAACAAUGUGGGAGGAUUGCUAGGACCUCAGAAGAGGGAGCAGUGGCUGGAGAUCCGGAAGGAUAUCGAAAUAGCUACGGAUAACUGGCCAACGCUGGCCUUCAAGUGUCUCAAUAUGAUCGCACAACGAGAGAAUUGCGUGAAUGUCCUCGUGACAACGACUCAACUGGUUCCAGCUCUGGCCAAGGUUCUGCUCUUCGGCCUAGGACAGAUUUUCCCAAUUGAGAACAUCUACAGUGCCACGAAAAUUGGCAAGGAGUCUUGCUUCGAGCGCAUUGUGACCAGGUUCGGACGCAAGAGCACUUACGUGGUUGUGGGCGAUGGUCAGGAUGAGGAAGUGGCGGCCAAGAAUCUCAACUUCCCCUUCUGGAGAAUUUCAUCUCACAGUGAUAUCAAGAAUCUGCACUCUGCCCUCGACAUGGGCUACUUAUGAAAGUUUUCCCGGCGCCACUUCUGGAUCCUGUAGAGAGGCUCCCACAGCUUCCAUUCUCUGCGUUUGCUGCACACACCAGUGAUUUUCUCCCCUGGAGCACCGUUUCCACACUUGGAUUGCUUUGAGAGUGAAAAGGGGGCGCUUCUGGAUGGCAGAGGGCCCCAAAAUGCAACAAUUUAACUGUAUUAUUUGAAAUUCCCUGAACUUUUCUUAGUCAAUUUAGCGUGAGUUUUAUUUAGGUAUUCUUGUGUUCAUAAGAAUGGAUUACUGUAGGAAGAAAAGGAUCAAAAUACUGUAAAUAAAGUAAUGGAACAAUU